CUCAGGUUUCCCCGUUCUUGUUAAAUCUCGCGUUCUUGUCUUUUCUUCUUCCUUUUCUCCCACUUCUUAUUUUCUGAUCACCUUACUGUUCUCUUCCUGUUCUUCCCCCCAUUCUGUCCCCAGUGGGAAGAUAAGCUUACUUUUCUUCACGAUCUUGUGGGUUGAGGAGUUCGCGUUUAACCUAACCCCCCAACACGGUGCACUGACUUUCUCCACACGAGGGACUGUUUCUUGGCGAGGGGAAAUUGAUCACUCGCUCACUUUCACUCUCUCACACACACACACCCUCAAACAUUCUCUCUUUCUAUCCCUUCAGAGUCACGAGUAUCACCUCAAUUUCAUCCUAAUUGAUGUACCACCCAAACUAUAAUUACCCUCCCCCGCAAUCGGGUUGGGGAGGUGGUUACUACCCGCCGCCGCAGCAGCAUCAGCAGCAGCAGUGGUCAGCACCACCGCCGCCGCCGCAGCAGCCUUACUAUUCCAAUGGAUACCCUCCUCCAUCGCAAUCACCCCAUUCGUAUUCUCCACCUCAAUAUCCGCCCCCCGGUCAUUAUGGCCAUCACACUCCGACUCCGCCCCCAUCAUCGGGGUCACAGUACCGCUCUUAUCACAGUCACUCGCCGUCAUGGGGCCAAAUGCCCCCACGCCCUCCCAUGGAGGCACAGAAGUUCGGCAAUGGAGCUCCGUCCAACUAUCGCUUCCAGUACUCUGCUUGUACGGGCCGACGGAAGGCCCUAUUGAUUGGGAUUAACUAUGCCGGGCAGCCGAACGCCCUCCGCGGCUGUAUCAAUGAUGUGACCAAUAUGUCGACCUUCCUCCAUGAUAGAUACGGCUACCGGAGAGAAGACAUGGUCAUCCUGACCGACGACCAACAGAACCCCAUGAGUGUCCCGACUAAAGCUAAUAUUCUACGAGCGAUGCAAUGGUUGGUCAAGGAUGCGCAGCCGAACGAUUCACUUUUCAUUCAUUUCUCAGGGCAUGGCGGUCGAACACCGGAUCUGGAUGGAGACGAGGAGGAUGGAUACGAUGACGUUAUCUACCCGUUGGACUACCGUACGGCAGGACAUAUCGUAGAUGAUGACAUGCACGCUAUUAUGGUACGCCCGCUGCAACCGGGUGUUCGUCUGACUGCUAUUUUCGACUCGUGCCACUCGGGUACGGCCCUGGACCUUCCUUACGUAUACUCCACACAGGGUAUUUUGAAAGAACCCAAUCUCGCCAAAGAGGCGGCUCAGGACCUCUUUAGCGCCAUAACGUCAUAUGGACAAGGCGACUUCGCUAGUGUGGCCCAGACGGCGAUUGGCUUCCUCAAGAAAGCCGCCUUGGGCGACUCUGCGCGCGAACGAACCGUUAGAACCAAGACCUCCCCUGCCGAUGUUGUCAUGUUCUCAGGCUCCAAGGAUACCCAAACUUCAGCGGAUACCUUCCAGGAUGGAGAGGCUCGAGGUGCAUUAAGUUGGGCUUUUAUCAAGACCUUACAACAGCGUCCAAACCAGAGCUAUUUACAACUACUAAACUCGGUUCGGUCCGAAUUAGAAGGCAAAUACAGCCAGAAGCCGCAGCUGAGCUGCAGCCACCCUCUAGAUACCAAUUUGCUUUUUGUGAUGUGAUAUGUAUUGUAUGAGACAUGAUGUAUGCUUAGUGUUUUUUUUU